AUGAUCCUUGAAGCAACCACCUCCGGCGCAGAGUCCACGCCCGGAGAUCCGAACAUCUCCUGGCCGAUUGAGCGGCUCUCAUCCUCCGUACAACCCACACCUGCCGAAUGGCACCCGUCCUUCGCCGCUCAUCACGGCCGCAGCGCCUCCCCAAGCUCCGCCUCCAGCACCAGCAACAACACUCCCGAGCUUGACCAGUCCAAUUAUCCCACCGGCCGCAAGUCGCUGGCCGGCAUCUCACUGCGCGCCUUCGCCCUCGGCACGACUUUGGGCCUCUCCACCAGCCUGACCAUCCUCCUCACAACGCUGAGCCCUACCCCCCUCUGGCGCAUCCCGUUCUUCCUCGCCGCGCUCAGUCUCUUCCAUUUCCUCGAGUUCUUCGUCACGGCGCGACACAACACCCCAUACGCCGACGUCAAAGCCUUCCUGCUGUCUUCGAAUGGAUGGGCGUACAACGCCGCCCACGGCUCCGCCCUCCUAGAGUGCCUGGCCGCGCAGUAUUUCUGGCCAGCGCCCAUUGCCGGGGCUGGACUGGCGCGAUUGGCGCUGGCUGCGGGACUGGUGCUGGUCUGCGUGGGCCAGGUGGUGCGCUCGCUGGCGAUGGCACAGGCGGCCGGCAACUUCAACCACCAUGUGCAGUCGACGCACCAGGCGGGUCAUGUGCUGGUGCGGACUGGGCUAUACGGCUAUUUGCGGCACCCGAGCUACUUCGGCUUCUUCUGGUGGGGGCUUGGGACGCAAUUAGUUCUGGGGAACGUGGUGUGUUUUAUGGCGUAUGCCGCUGUGUUGUGGCGGUUUUUUUGCGACCCGGAUCAAGCGUGA